AUGGGAUUGGCUACUGUGCUUAUUGUUACCAUGGUGACAGACAUUGUUGGGAAUACACUGGUCAUCUCUUCAGUCCUGCGAAACAACAAACUUCGAAAUACUGGUAACAUCUUUGUUGUCAGCUUAGCUGUGGCUGAUCUUUUAAUGUCUGCAUACCCAUACCCUCUAUCUUUGCUUGCUAUGUUCCAUAAUGGAUGGAUAUUAGGAGUUACGCAUUGUAAGGCAAGUGGAUUUGUUUUGGGGUUGAGUGUUGUAGGAUCAGUGUUCAACAUUACUGCAAUCGCCAUCAACAGAUACUGUUUCAUCUGCCACAGCAAGCUAUAUGACAAACUGUACAACUUGAAGAAUACAUACGUCUGUGUUGGGCUGACAUGGCUUCUGGCCAUUGCUGCAGUUUUGCCAUCUCUCUGUAUUGAUGCACUCCAAUACGAUACGCGGAUAUACUGCUGCACUUUAGGACAGACUGUGAGCUCAACAUUCACUAUUGUCACUGUGACCAUUCAUUUUAUAGUUCCAAUAAUUAUUGUUGUAUUCUGCUAUGUAAGGAUUUGGGCCCUUGUGAUUGCUGUUAAAUAUCGUGUCAGACAAGACAGCAAACAAAAACUGAAACCACAUGAGAUACGCCAUUUCUUUUCAAUGUUUAUGGUAUUUGUAAUUUUUGCUGUUUGCUGGGGCCCCCUGAAUUUCACUGCUUUAGCAGUAGCUAUUAACCCUACAAAGGUAGCACCUAAUAUACCAGCUUGGUUCUUUUCUGUAACUUACUUCAUGGCCUACUUCAAUGGUUGCCUUAAUGGUCUCCUGUAUGGACUUCUGAACCAGAAUUUCCGAAAGGAAUAUGCAAGAAUAUUUAUGUCUGCCUGGAAUACAAGAAAGUGCAGUUACGGGAAACUGCAGUAUGUCGACUACGGAAAUGCCGAAUCUGCUAUCGUGGUCAUUCAGCUAUACACGCAUUUGAAUUACAUUGGUACUGACCGUCCAGGAACUUUUGUAUUGGCAAGUGUGCUUGUUGUUAUUAUAGUGCUGGAUGUUGUAGGAAACGUACUAGUGAUCCUGUCUGUGAUCAGAAAUAACAAACUAAGAAACACUGGUAAUGUUUUUGUCAUCAGUCUGUCAGUAGCUGACCUGCUAAUUGCAAUAUACUCUUACCCCAUGACCUUACGUGCUAUGUUCUAUGAUGAGUGGACUUUAGGCGAUGCUUACUGUUGGGCAAGCGGUUUCAUUCUGGCUAUGAGUGUUGUCGGUUCCGUCUUCAGCAUCACUGCAAUUGCUAUUAAUCGAUACUUCUAUAUCUGCCACAGCAAGAUAUACAGCAAACUAUACAACAUGAAAAACACAUGCUGCUGGCUUGGACUGACCUGGAUUCUAACCUUUGCAGCUGCUGUGCCUCAUUUCUUUUUCGACUCACUGCAGUAUGACCCACGUAUAUAUUCAUGUACUUUAGCACAGACUGUAAGCUCAGCAUUCACCAUCACUAUUGUAACUGUUCAUUUUAUUUUUCCAAUAAGUAUUGUUUUAUAUUGCUAUAUAAAAAUCUGGGCACUAGUGAUUAAAGUUAAAUAUCGAGUCAGACAAGACAGUAAACAAAAACUCAAAUCGCAUGAAUUACGUCACUUUUUUUCAAUGUUCAUGGUGUUUGUACUUUUUGCAAUUUGUUGGGGUCCAUUAAAUUUCAUUGGAUUAGCAGUUGCCAUUAACCCCAAGAAAAUUGGACCAAAUAUACCCAUUUGGCUAUUUUGUGUAACUUAUUACAUGGCUUACUUUAACAGUUGCCUGAAUGGUGUUCUAUAUGGGCUCCUUAAUCAAAAUUUUCGCAAGGAGUAUAUAAAAAUAUUUAUGUCAAUCUGGAUGCCAGGCCCUUACUUACAAGAAAACCUGCAUAAUCUGAACAAAAUGUUUGAUAACAUGAGCUUUAUUAAUUAUGGGAAUCAGCUUUAUAAUAACCAAAGCAGUACUCACCUGCAGCCGUUUGCCAUGGGGCUGGCCUCUGUAGUUAUUGUUACCGUAGUGCUGGACAUUGUUGGGAAUGUACUAGUUAUUGCUUCAGUGCUACAAAGCAACAAACUCCGAAAUACUGGUAAUGUCUUUGUUGUCAGCUUAGCUGUGGCUGAUCUCUUGGUAGCCGUAUACCCAUACCCUCUGUCCUUGCUUUCUAUGUUCCAUAAUGGCUGGAUAUUAGGAGACAUACAAUGUAAGGCAAGUGGAUUUGUUCUGGCGCUAAGCGUUGUGGAAUCAGUGUUCAAUAUUACAGCAAUCGCCAUUAACAGAUACUUUAUCUGUCACAGUGAGACAUAUGACAAAUUGUACAGCCUGAAAAAUACAUUUGGCUAUCUUGGGUUGACAUGGAUUCUGGCCAUUGCUGCAGUUUUGCCAUCUCUCUGUAUCGAUGCUUACCAGUAUGAUCCAAGAGUAUAUGUCUGUUCUUUAGGACAGACUGUGAGCUCCGUAUUCACCAUUGUCACUGUGACCAUCCAUUUUAUAAUUCCGAUAAUCAUUGUUGUAUUUUGCUAUGUAAGGAUUUGGGCUCUCAUAAUUGCUGUGAAAUAUCGUGUCAGACAAGACAAUAAACAGAAAUUGAAACCACACGAACUAAGACACUUCUUUGCAAUGUUUAUGGUUUUUGUGCUCUUUGCAUUUUGCUGGGGUCCUGCAAAUCUCACUGCUUUAGCAAUAACCAUUAACCCUACACAAGUGAUACCCAACAUACCAACUUGGUUGUUUUCUAUAACUUACUACAUGGCAUGUUUGAACUGUUUCAUUAAUGGAAUCCUCUAUGGACUGCUGAACCAGAAUUUCCGAAAGGAGUAUAUAAGAAUAUUUGUAUCUGUUUGUAGAAUAUUUUAUACAUGUAUCAUAAAAUAA